CACAAUGAGAAAGCCCCGUCAGUUCCCAGAAUAGAAAUCCCAUUUCGGUGCGGGACUUGAACUCUCAACAGUUUGUCUGUACAGCACAGGAACCGACAGUGAGGUGACCUCGCACUAAAGGGAAAUGGGGCUUUUUUUUAAUUAAUGCCUACAACACAAAACACUUUUAUUAGUCGGCCCCCGCCUCCUUCGUCGCCCUCCUCCGCGUGCUUCAGUUCAACCUCACCUGUUGACGCCGACAGCAGCUCACACUGCGCUGUCAUUUCUGUUUUCUCCUGGGAGGGAGGGAUUGAUUCAAACCAGGUUAAGAUACCGAAAAACAGCAGAACAAGGGGAGAUAACGAGGCUGUCAGCCACACAGCAAACAGUCGGUGAGAUAGAGGAAACUUAACACUGUCCUGACUUGUGUCUGAAAGAGAAAGCGCUUUAAAAGUUUGCUGAAGUUUUUUUUCGCGUUUCCUCUCAUCAACUUCGUCCCGGCUUUGACACUAUGUUAUGAAUUGGAGGACCCGCAACUCUUGUCGUGAGGCUGGAGCUCGCUUUCCUGGAAAUGCCCCAACAUAACAUGGAGAGCAGCAGGAGCCCGUGGCAGCAGGGGCUGCGGCCGCCAUGGAUCACCAGAGUGGCCGGAGGUCAUAGCCCCUCUUCCUCGGGGGCGGAGUCUGACACGGAGAGUAGCAGCACGGAGAGUGAGAGGUCAUGCAUUAAAAAGCUGGAGCUGGGCUCACUGAGGGUCCUGCCGUCCCCCUCAAUGCUCCAACAGCGAAUCACAGAGAUCGACCAACAGAAGGAGGAACUUAAGAUUGAACUGCAGCUGGAGAUCGCUCUGCUGCAGGGAGAGCUGCAGACGGAGAAGACUCAGCUGCACAGACACACGCAGAAGCUGCAGGCUCUCCAGCAGGAGGUCAGACGGAAGGAGAAGCACAGACCAACCGACAGACAAAAGGAGCGAGAGAGUCUGGAGGAGGAAAGACGCAGGGUGGAGGAACUGAGGGGGAGGUGUGAGGAGAAGGAGAAACUGAUCCCCUGUCAGCCAGAGAGCCAGAGGGAACAGCUAACACUGCAGCUGCAGCAGGAGAAAGAGGCGAUGGAAGCGGCAGUUCGGUCCUUUGAGGACUGGGAGUUUCGUGUUCUGGAGCAGGAGAGCGGCAUCGAUGAGGAGGAUGAGAGCACGGUGGACGAAGAGAGGGAGGCGGAGAGUGAAGCGAAGAUGGAGAAGGAAAUCUCGCGUCAGCAGCACGCGAUCAACACUGGACAGGAGCGAGUCCAGCAGUUACAGAGACAGCUGAGGGAGAUGGAGAGGGAGAAGGAGAGGGAGCUGAACGCCUUGAGGAAAGAGAGGAGAGACCUCGUCCACACCAGUCAAACGGUUCUCAAAGAGAAGAAGCCGCUCACCGAUUGGUCGAACAUCACCGGUUCAGCCCCUUGCAUGAUGUCACUUUCUCCUCUGACGGUUCACAAGCCUCCUCAGGAACCAUGCAAAGAAUCUGCCAGUUUACCCAGAAGACGGAGCUCGCAUCGCAACAACAAGUUCAACGACAGGCCGAUGUCGGCACAGGGGUUGGUGAGGACGCUUCCAGACAGCCAGAGCCCGGGGGCUUUCACUUCUCCCAUCCCCUCCCAUAGGCUCAGCAACGGGCACAGACCUGUGAGCAGCAACGGCGGCGGGUUGCUCACUCCGUGCAACAGUACAACAAGCUCCCGCGCUGCCAGCCCGUCUCUGUCGGAUCUCGUGGAGAUCGAGAAGAAACUGAGGGAAGCCAAGGCGCAGAGAGAGAGGCUGCUCAGAGAGAGGGAAGAGCGACAGCGUUUGCUUUUGGAGGAAAGAAGGAAGAAAGAGCUGAACUCUCCCAAGACUGAAGCAGAGGAGCCAGAGACACCGCAAAGGCCAGAGCCAGAAACGAAGGAGCAACCAGAGCCCAGUUCUCCUCCAAACUCCCCAGAGAAGGCCCUCCAGCAGCACAGCCUGCCCCUCUUCCUCUCUCCCAACUUUGACCUCCGUGCCCACGUGGAGUCUCUGGGUCACGGAGUGACCGGCUGCACGGACCUGCGCCUGACGCCUCGACGCUGCGCAGGCUUCCUUACCAAACGAGGGGGGAGGGUGAAGACCUGGAAGAAGAGAUGGUUUCUGUUUGACAUGGAUCACAAACGACUAGCCUACUACACAGACUGUGACGAGAGGAAGCUAAAGGGAGUCAUCUACUUCCAGGCCAUAGAAGAAGUUUACCUUGACCAUCUACGAACAGCCACUUCUUCUCCACGGCCCAAUCUGACGUUCUGUGUGAAGACGUACGACCGGCUUUUCUUUCUGGUGGCCACCAAUCCGGUAUCCAUGCGGAUUUGGAUGGAUGUCAUCGUCACCGCAACAGACGAACACAGCCGUUAUUGACCUCUUGCAUACCUGACUGUAAAACCCUCAAGUGAAGCUACUGAGCGGACAAUUCCCUGAGUCAUUGUCCCCCUGUCUGAGGGACUGGAGCUGAUUCUGUACCUGGACUCAUGGAUCUGUGGGUAAAGUGUGCGAGACGACGAGGUGAAGUCAAGAUGUGCUUGAACGCACCGGGGGAAACUGUUACUUGAUGCUGAGUGGCGGCAGAGGUUCACCGCUGAACCAGCUGCAAACCAUAAACGGCUUAACGCAUCAAUCUGCACACUGGGAGUCUGUUACUGGGAGGUUUCACUCUUUGAGCCUGACCUCCCCCUGCUGGUCUGAGCCCAGCAUUACAGGACUGGUGUACACAACACUACAACAAACUACAACAGGGGGUGAACACGAUACUAGCAACACCUGUUGCUGUAAGGCAAUCCAAUACAUGUACCUUAUUAUGCUGUCAGACAGGUCUUCCUUCGUGCCGUGAUAAUGUUUUUGUUUUGUGUUGGAUUGUUUUAUAUUGUCAGGUGUUUCCAUAUCCUGUGUUUGUUUUCAUAAAUUCCAUUUUUAUGAAUUAAGUUAUUUGGAAGUUUAUAUGGGUUUGAUUUGCAAAUAAAUGAAGGCACACACUGUCACGAAUGCACUAUUAAAUGUUUAUUCAUAAAAAAUAAAUUUGCUCAAAUUUU